UUUCUUUGCAAUGGAAGAAGCUCUACAUCAUCUCUUUCUGUUAAUGUUUCUCUUUCUAUUUCUACACUAACUCACCAAUUCUCCUAUCUCUCGAGUUUAUGUUUUUGCAGAUUUUAAACCCAAAUUUCUAUUUGACAACCCCGAUAGUCCAGGUGUCUUAUAUCGGUUGUCCUAUCAAUCUACAAUUAAAGAGAAUAUUUCGGAGGCAUGGAAAAGCAUCAGGCUUUCCUCAAAAUGAUGGCUCGGAAGAAAAGCCUCAGCAAAGGCGAUGAGGGAGGGUCAUCCGCCAUCAAGGUAACCAGUGGAUUGGGUGGUACUCCUAUCCAUGUCGUACAUCCUGCCUUGAAGUUGACCGACACAACCGUUCCCCCUGCCGACACCAAAACCAAGGAUGUUGACACAUCGAAGAAUAAGACCAAAAGAAAAUCGGCCCAAGAAAAAACUCCUUCACCCACUAAGAGGAGGAAAGUGGGCUCCUCUGUGCUGACUAACGUACUAGACCCGACCAUCCAUGUUUCUAACCGCAUGCAGUUCAACUUGAACGCUGAAGAGAAAAAACCUUUCAAAGGAAUGUCUCCCAGCGAAUCAUUGAAUAUGGCCUACGCGCUGAUCGCUCGGGCUAGUGUUUGUUUGAACUAUACGGCUAGUACAACGAGGCCCCUGUUGGUUGUUGAGCUAGAAAAUGCUCAAAAAGAAUUGGAAGAAAUGAAGAAAAAGAACACCACCCUGACCACCCGUGUUGAGGAACUCACCAAGACGGCUGAGGAUGAUCGGGUUAGUGCUGAUAACAAGUUGAAGGAAGCUCCGAACAAAAUAUCCUCUCUCCAACAAUCUGUGGACGACCUGCAACUCGACCUGCUGAAGAUGACCUCGCAACGCGACAAGGUAACCAAGGAAAGAGAUGCGAUGGAGGUCGAACGGGACAAACUGGUCACCGAGAAUGCUUCCUUGGGGGAUGAGAUCUGCUCCGAACGUCAAUUGGGCUUCGAUCAGGGGAUUGCCCAAUGUCAUUAUUUUUUCCAAACACCACUUACCCAUCCUGACUUUGACAUUAUGAAGAUCUAUGUGGAUAGGAAACUGGUGGAUUUAUCCACCUAACUUGCUCCCGCCCCCGAUCCUCCAGCAAACGCCAUCGUCACGGACGGCGAUGCUAUCAGUCCUCCAACCGAACCCCACGUCGCUUCUAAUGACCCUUCUCCCGGCCACCCCUCGGCAUAGGAUAAUUAUGAUUGAUGUUUUAUCUUUUGAACACUAUUUACAAACUCUUAUUAUGUAUUCUGCACUUUACGUUUUGAUCAAUGUAUGAACUUUUACUAGUGGACUUCGUUUAGUUGUAUGCAUUCGUUUACCUGUCGAUCAGAUGUUUGUAUCUGUUUGUUCAACAGAUAUUUGUGGCCAAUUGUAUGAUGGUGCC